AUAUACCCGCUCCUCAUAUCCCGAUUCUCGUCCUUCGUAUCAUCUUUUAACAUCUACGAUGACCACUUCAUUCCCUACGAGCAACAAAUGGACCGACUUCCAGAGGAACAUCUAUGUCGCUGGCAAGCCGCCACUCCUAGGCACGGUUGAUAUGAAGGAGAUCGAGGAUAGUGCGAGGGAGAAGAUGAAAGACCAUAUCGGCAGCUACUUGUACACCUUCGGCAGCGCCGGGUCCAACUCCACGGACAAGGCCAACCGUGCGGCCCUCGAUCGGUGGAAGAUCGUCCCCCGCCUCCUGCAGGAUGUCUCCAACCGUAACAUCGAGACGACGAUCCUAGGUGUCAAGUACGAAGCGCCCGUCUUUGUCGCGCCCGUCGGUGUGCAGGGCAUCCUGCACCAGGAUGGGGAGCUCGCGUCGGCAGCUGCGGCUGCAGCGUGCGGCGUACCGUACAUCAUGUCCACCGCGUCGUCGCGCUCGAUCGAGGAGGUCGCACAGGCGAACGGGAGCGGCCAGCGGUGGUACCAGCUCUACUGGCCCCGCACAAGCGAAGUCACCGUCUCGCUCCUCCACCGCGCCAAAGCCGCAGGCUUCACCACGCUCGUCAUCACCCUCGACACCUUCGUCCUCGGCUGGCGCCCGCACGACAUCAAGACCGCGUUCCUCCCCUUCGGCUACGGCAUCGGCUCGCAGGUGGGCACGUCCGACCCCGUGUUCAUGCAGCGCCACGGGCUGCAGCCGCGGCACGAGCGCCCCGCGUUCCCGUUCGAGCCGGAGAAGAUCCGCGCGCAGGCGGAGGCGGGCGACGAGCGGGCGCAGGAGGCGAUGAAGCUGGGGAUCAGUUUUCUGGGGGAGACGAAUUCGGGUGCGUUUAGGGGCUGGGAGGAUUUGCGGUUUGUGCAGCAGCAUUGGGAUGGGCCGAUUGUGAUCAAGGGCGUGCAGAGGGCUUCGGACGCCGAGAAAGCCAUUGAGAUGGGUCUCGCGGGCAUCGUCGUUUCGAACCACGGUGGUCGGCAAGUCGACGGUGCUCUCGGCUCCUUGGACGCGCUUGACCGCGUCAUGCGCUCACCCAAAGUGCUCGAGGCGCAGAAGUCUGGCAAGUUCGCCGUGCUCUUUGACUCUGGCGUGCGGAACGGAAGCGAUGUUAUCAAGGCGCUCGCUCUCGGAGCCCAGGCCGUGCUCACUGUUGGAGUCGGCCGACCGUUCAUGUACGGUCUCGCGCUCGAGGGACAGAAGGGCGUCGAGCAGAUCUUGAUGCAGACGGUGGCGGAUCUGCAUGUUACACUUGGUCUCGCUGGCUUCGGGUCUGUCGAGGAGAUCAUCGGUGCUCGCGAGGAGGUUAUCACGGAUAUUGGAUAUUAGCGAACCAUAUUCCUCAGAUUAGCGAGAAACGAGAGAAAUGUGGAUCUGAUAACAUGUACUCAUAGAGCAAUGUACCAAUGGACGCUAUCUGACAAG